CAAUUAGAGGCUGACAGAACUGAGGCGUUGGGCUGUGGGCGGGCGUCCUGCUGUCAGGAGUGGAGUUUACAAAGUGUUGGAGAAUGUUUUGGAAAGUUUGCUGUACGCUAAUUUUUGUUCUCUUUUUCUGCCAUGAGCUAUGCGACGCUCAAAAGAAGAAAGAGACUUUGCUAUCAGAGAAGGUGAGUCAGAUGAUGGACUGGACCUCCAAGCGUUCAGUCAUCAGGAUGAAUGGAGACAAGUUCCGUCGCUUUGUCAAAGCUCCUCCUAGAAACUACUCGGUAUUCAUCAUGUUCACAGCGCUGCAGCCGCAGAGGCAAUGUGGCGUUUGCAGACAAGCCGAUGAAGAGUUCCAGGUGCUAGCUAACUCCUGGCAUUAUUCCUCCGCCUUUACUAACAGAAUCUUUUUUGCGUCAGUGGAUUUCGAUGAAGGAUCAGAUGUCUUUCAGAUGCUUAACAUGAACUCUGCUCCAACCUUCAUCCACUUCCCACCCAAAGGGAAACCUCUGCGAUCAGACACCUAUGAGCUACAGGUCAAAGGCUUUUCAGCUGAACAGCUGGCAAGAUGGGUGGCAGACAGGUCAGAUGUGCAGAUCCGUGUCAUCCGUCCACCCAAUUACGCAGGGCCUCUCUUGCUGGGGUUUCUCCUGGCUGUGAUUGGUGGACUGGCAUAUCUGCGAAGGAAUAAUUUGGAGUUCCUUUUUAACAAUAACGCUUGGGCUUUUUCUGCUUUGUGCUUUACUCUGAUCAUGACUUCCGGCCAGAUGUGGAACCACAUCAGAGGACCGCCUUAUGCACACAAGAACCCCAACACUGGACAAGUGGUAAGAAAAUAA